AUGGCCAGCCAUCCUCCAGUAGCACUCACGAUUGCAGGUUCUGACCCCAGCGGAGGAGCUGGGAUUCAAGCUGAUCUGAAGACGUUUACCGUCCAUGGCUGUUACGGAAUGGCUGUUAUCACUGCGUUGACAGCUCAGAACACUCAAGGCGUUCAGGCCGUACACCCUUCCCCUCCCGAGUUCGUAGCUCAGCAGCUCCGCGCGGUGCUGGAAGACUCCAACGUUCACGCGCUCAAAACAGGCAUGCUCUACGACGCCGCGACCACCCGCGCCGUGGCACAGACGCUGCGCGCACACUACUUCUUCUCCCCGGACCCGCUCCUCGAGCCCCCGCGCGCCGGCCGGCUCCAGCUCGUCAUCGACCCCGUCGCGCUCUCAACCUCUGGCCACACCCUCCUCACGCCCGACGCGCUCGAGGUGCUCAUCUCCGAGCUCCUUCCUCUCGCCGCGCUUGUCACCCCCAACGUUCCCGAGGCCGCGCUCCUGCUCGCCUGUGCACACCCGCACGACCCCCCACCCGUGAUCGCGACACUCGAGGACAUGGUCUCCGCCGCGCUGGCUCUGCGCGGCCUCGGCCCGUUCACCGCUUUGGUCAAGGGAGGACAUGUCGCGCUCACAUGGGCGGACGUGCGGCGCGUGCUCGGGGCGCGGCCCUCGGUCGAGGUCGUCCAGGACUCGUUCCUCGACGAUAACAUGGAGAUCCUGCGCGCGAACGAGCCCGGGGGCACGCGGUGGGACCGUGGGUCGGGGCCGGUGGUUGUGGACGUCAUGUGCGGGGGGACGUUGGAAAUCAUCACGUUGUUCGUGCGCCCGAAGAUCGAGAGCACGAGCACGCAUGGGACGGGGUGCACGCUGUCGGCGGCGAUCGCCGCAAACAUGGCGAAUGGACUGACUGUGUGGGAGGCGACGAGGAGGGCGACGGUGUUCACGCAUCUCGGGAUCGAGACUGCGUUCCCGGUCGGGCUCGGUAAUGGACCAAUCAACCACCUCCACAGCCUUUCGAAGAGGCUUGUUCCUCCGAAGACGCUCAACAACCGCCACCCUCUGACACGGAUCUUGAUACGCUCUGCCAGCUCGACAUGGAAGGAAUACGUGGAGCACGAAUUCGUGAAGCAGCUCGCGCGCGGCACGCUCAAAAAGGGGUGUUUCCUCCACUUCAUCAAACAGGACUAUCUGUAUUUGAAGUACUACGCGCGAGCAUACGGCUUGCUCAUCGCGAAGUCCGCCACAUACUCCUCCAUCCAGUCCGCCACGCAGACGAUCAUCAACAUCCUCACCGAGAUCGCGACGCACACCACCUUCUGUGCCCAGUGGGGCAUCACCGAAGCCGACCUCGCGUCGACGCCCGAGUCCCCGAGCACGACUGCGUACGGCGCGUACCUCCUCGACGUCGGCCUGCAGGGCGACGGCGCGAAGCUGGUCAUGGCGCUCGCCGCGUGUCUGCUCGGCUACGGCGAGGUCGGGCUGUGGCUCAGAAAGGAGGCGGUGCGGCCGGCCAGUUGGGUCGUGCUCGAAGGGAACCCUUACCUGCGGUGGAUCGAAGACUACUCGGGCGAGGCGUACCAAGGCGCGGUACGUCUCGGACUCGAGACGAUCGAGACGUUGGCGGUGGAGAACCCGCCGAACGAGCUGCAGUUCCGGGAGUGGUGCGCGGUGUGGGAAAGGUGCACGCGGCUGGAGAAGGGGUUCUGGGACGCGUCGCUGAACUUGCUUUGA